AUGGAUGAGAAGAAGUUUGAGGAGCACACCGUCCAGACUGGAUCGGAUGCUCCCCCAUCCUAUGGCGACUCAUCUCUAACGCGAGGAAGCAUGGGCCGACGAAUCCUUGACAGCUUCAAGAGAGACCCCAACCAUGUCCUCAGUACUCCUGGAGCUGAUGGAACUGCCAUGGAUGUCGAGGCUGCCGCCGCCCAUAACACUGCCCACUCACCGCUGCAGCGACACUUGAAGGGUCGUCAUCUGCAGAUGAUUGCCAUCGGUGGUUCUAUCGGUACUGGUCUUUUCGUUGGUUCCGGAUCUGUUUUGGCCGUCGGUGGUCCAGCCUCAGUACUGAUCGCCUAUAUUUUGAUCGGAUGCAUGCUUUACUGUACAGUUCACGCCUUGGGCGAAAUGGCUGUUCUUUUCCCCGUUGCCGGUUCUUUCGCCCACUAUUCGACUCGUUUCAUGGAUCCUGCUUGGGGUUUUGCUAUGGGCUGGAAUUACGCUCUUCAGUGGCUCAUUGUCCUACCCUUGGAGAUUGUCGCCGCUUCCAUCACAGUCGAUUACUGGAAUCCAGGUGUUUCAAACGCUGCCUGGGUAACUAUCUUCUGGGUUGUGAUUGUCUCAAUCAACAUGUUCGGUGUCCGAGGAUAUGGUGAAGCCGAAUUCGUCUUCUCCAUCAUCAAGGUCGUUGCCGUGCUUGGUUUCAUUAUCCUAGGAAUCAUCCUCAACUGCGGUGGUGGACCCGAAGGUGGAUACAUCGGCGCCAGGUACUGGUACGACCCAGGUGCAUUCAGGAACGGUUUCAAGGGUCUCUGCAGUGUUUUCGUCAAUGCUGCGUUCGCCUUCGCUGGAACCGAACUUGUUGGUCUUGCCGCCGCCGAGACCGCCAAUCCUCGCAAGUCCCUCCCCACUGCCGUUAAGCAGGUCUUCUGGCGUAUUGCUCUCUUCUACGUGGUUUCCCUCACCCUCGUCGGCCUCCUGGUGAGAUACGACGACCCCAAACUCAUCAGCGGUUCCUCCUCCGCCGACGCCAAGGCCUCUCCUUUCGUCAUCGCCAUUGAGAACGCAGGAAUCAAGGCUCUGCCUUCCAUCAUGAACGUUGUCAUCAUGAUUGCGGUCCUCUCUGUCGGUAACUCCUCCGUUUACGGAUCCUCGCGUACUCUUGCUGCCCUUGCCGAGCAGGGCCAAGCCCCCAAGUUCCUCGCCUACAUCGACCGCAAGGGUCGUCCGCUACCCGCCACUAUUAUCGCGUCUGCCUUGGGUCUGCUUUGCUACCUCGCCGCCUCCGAUGUGCAGACGACCGCCUUCGAAUGGAUGAUGGCCAUCUCGGGUCUGUCAUCUAUCUUCACCUGGGGUUCCAUCUGUGCUUCCCACAUCCUCUUCCGUCGCGCGUGGAAGAAGCAGGGCCACACCUUGGAUGAGCUUGCAUUCCGUUCCCAGCCCGGUGUUAUUGGCUCGUGGGUCGGUCUCAUCUUCAACAUUCUCGUGCUGAUUGCCCAGUUCUGGGUUGGUUUCGCCCCCAUUGGUUACGGAGAAAUGACUUCCCAGGAGAUUGCCUACAAUUUCUUCUCCGUCUACUUGGCCGCUCCCGUGGUUCUGGUUUCUUACGUCGGUUACAAGAUCUAUUACAGGUGCAAGUUUGUGAAAUCCUUAGAGGUGGAUUUGGACACCGGUCGUCGCGAUCUUGAUAUCCAACAUCUGGUUGAGCAGGAAUUGGCCGAGCAAAAAGAAUGGCCCAAGUGGAAGAAGGUUUACAAGUUCUUCUGUUAA